UCUCAACUCAACCCCCACAUAACACACUUCCUCCCCAGAGCUUAGAAAACAACUGAAGACGUGAAUUCAUCCGUCAGCUUUGAAAAAUCCUGAGAGAGCGUGGUAGCAUCUGUUUCAGGCAAAUAUGAAGACAGACAUCUUACUUUUUGUUCUCCUCUGCCUCCAGGCUAAAGUUCUAGCAGAAAAUUUUAAUGUGUCUGUUCAGCUGAAGUUGAUUGAAUUCCAUAAUGGAGGAUUAAAAUUGACCUGCCACUAUCCUGAAAAUGUCCGGGACUUUAAAAUGCAGUUGAUGAGAGCGACUAGAAAGCAAAAAGUCUGUGAACUCCAAAAGCUUAAGCAUGAUAUUAAAAUGACUAAUGAGUUGGUAUCUUGUCAACCCGAGCUUUCUAAUACAAGUGUAAUUUUCUUCUUGACGGACUUGGACAGCACUCAUACUGAUCAUUACUUCUGUAGCCUGCAUAUUAGUUUUCCUCCUCCUUUCCAGAACAGUACUUCAAAUGGAGCUUAUUUACAUAUCUAUGAAUCAAAGUCUUGCUUCCAUAUGAUCUUAUGGCUGUCUAUUGGAAUUGCAUGUCUCCUCUGUUUUAUUGGAAUAUUUGUUGGCAUAUUUUCUUACUGUGUAAGAAAAAAGAUGAGCCAAAAUCAAUCUCUUUUGCAUGAAACUAAUAGCGAAUACAUGCCUAUGGCAGCAGUGACUGCAGCUAAAAACCCUGGAUUCAAAGGCAUGAGCACAUAAUCUGAAACUCAGGUGUCCAGCGGAGAAGCACACAAGUCAACUCUGCCUACUUGAAAUUCUGUAUUUUGAUUCAACUCAGGGUUUUGAAUUCAUUUGGUUUACUAUAUACAUGGAUUCUAGUGAUUAUAUAUGUCAAUCAUUUUUCAACAGGUUGGGACAAUAGGGCUCUGUUCAGAGCAGACAUGUUUUGCUCAUGGGAUUUUUGGCCUCAGAUAAAAAUAAACGCAUCCACCUUAAAAAGAGACAAAAUAAGAAUGAAUCCAAUGCUAUGGACUCUCUUCUAAGGACAUCUUCAUAUCACUGACAGACUACCUCUUUUUUCCUGUGGAAUUCAAUUUACUAUAUUUAGCAAACAUCCUAGAAGCUUGAAAUACACCCAUAGGAAAAUAAGGGGAAACACUUGAAUUAUACCUAAGAACUUUGAAAAUACUGGGUAGUUCUGCAAUGCUACAGUAUUGCUCUGACUUCAGAUAUCUUAGCAAUGCCAGGAUGUAACUCAGGAAGGGCUUAAGUAUAUUUUAUUUUCUACUAGUAUUCUCUUAUUUACUCAUUUCCUUCUGUGCAUCUACUUUUCUAUCAAGCAGAGUCAAGGGGAUAUUUCUAUAUUAUUUCUCUGAAGCUCAAAAAGACUAAAUGGUACUUUGAGACCUUGAUAAAUAUAAUCUGUUUCCCUAAAACAAUUGUUCUGUCACAGAAACCCAACUUGUUCCUUCAAAUUUAUUUAACCAUAUCUGCUACUUCAGUAUCAUCUUGAUAGGAAAUAAUACUCAGAAUUGCUAUAGCUUCACCCAAUAUUAUCAGCCCUCUGUUGUAGUAUUUGGUGGCUUCCAGGCAAUGUCAUUUUCAUAGAUUGAAUUUAAACAGAGGAUUUUCUGUGGCAAUCUGGCAUCCUUCUAGUAGAAUAACUGAUAAUUUGCUUGAAAAGUUCUAGUCUGGUUAAAUGGCCAAUAAUCUUAACAAAAGUGUUCUUUGAACCUUAUAUCCUUAUAUUGUAAUGGAUCUCCCAGAAUUUCUAGACCCAAGAAGAUAGAUAAAGAUAGAAAGGUUUGUCAUAGCCCACAUGCUCCCUGGAAUAAGCACUAGAAGUCUGUCUUCAUCAUAAAGGUUGAAUGCCUUAGAUCCUGGUCCUUUUGCCUUAAGUUUGAAAACAACUUAAUGAGUUAUAGGAACCUUAUGCUGAAUCAAUUUACUUAAAAAUCACUAGCAAGGAGGCAGCUAGGUGGUACAGUAGAUAGCACACCAGCCCUAAAUUCAGGAGGACCUGAGUUCAAAUUUGGUCUCAG